CUUCAGCAGACAAGAGGUAUCUUUCUGUGUCUAGCAGCGGUUCCAUGAAGUCACUUGCAGAUCUUGUGGGAAGUCCCAGGGUCGCCGAGUCGCCGCUCGCGGGCUUUUUGAGUGUGCAGCCCCGAAAGAGCCUCGAUUUUCGUUGACUUCCCGCCGGCCUUUUCUUCGCCUUCUGCUUCUGCUUUUGAUUUAUUUUCUUCUGUUGGUAUCUCUGUCGCCUUUGCAUGCUGCUCGCUGUCUCUUCGGCUUCGAUGGAGUUCUGAAAACCCCGCGACGACCGAGUCCUCGGCCCCUUCGACAGCGUUGCACAUUUCGACGAACACACGAGCUGUGUCUCCCCUCUCUUCGCUCAAAGCGACCCCCAUUUCGUCGCCUGCUGUUUCGCCCCCGUUUCUCCUUGUCUGUCGACUUGCACCAUGUGAACACGCAAGACUACUGGGAGUUGGACGAUCUGCUGAGCGUGACUAUGCCAGUCGUCACCAAAGAAUUCGGUAGCUAAAACUGUGGAAUCAAGGAGGCGCCAACCGUCCCGAGGGCGAGUAUUCCCUGUCUGUGCAUCGGACACUCUGUUUUCGAUUUCUUCUGUCUUCCUCGCGCGUAGUAGAGAGCCCCAGAUGCGAUGAGAAGCAUCUCCCUUUCACCUCUGCGUCCUGCGAAUGGCCACUCGUCUCUCCGCUCUCCUUACACCGGGGGGGCGCGCCGUCCCCCCCUGUACGUCCAGUGUCGUCACCCGGCACAGCCGCCCUCGCCCUCGAGUGCUUUUUAGGAAUCGUGCAUGCAUCGGCGCGAUCACCUCUCAAAAGACGCGACCCAACGAAAGCGUCUCCAGGCUCUCUCGUCCCGCGCCGCUCCUCUGUGCCGGGAUGCCUGUAGGGUGGACCUCUCUAGACAGCCGAGACUCUGGCGACGGCUCCGUCGGUCCAUGCGCCGGGGCCUGGAGUCGCUUCGCGUCGCGAGGAGCUCGCUCUCUCCGGCGAUCGCGGACGCAUACAGAGAAGAUUCAACGAGACUCUGCAACGGGGGGGUCGAGCAGAUAUCUCCCGUUCGCAGAGAACGAGGACGGCGCACAGUCUGGGAGCCCAGGAGAACCUCUCGUCGAGGGGUCUCGCGGGGAGACGCAGCCAGGACGAGAAAAAGGCCAGGAAGGGGAGGAGAACUGCCAGACGCUGGAAGCGCCUUUUUGCUGGCGUGCUGCUGACCUUACGCGAGACGAAGAGAGACGAAUGCAGGAUCGCGAAACAGCUUCGUCGGGAUCCACCACGUUGUUCUCCGGUCCCAGCCGCAUCCCCUUUGCGUCUCUCGAAGAUCCUCCUCAGGCCGAUUUCUCAGAUGCUACCCCGGCUUCUUCACCUCCGUUUGCCUCUGUCUCCUCGCGCGCGUCUCCCGCAGCCUCUUCCGCGCCAACAGCCGGCCUCGACUCGUGUCUUUUUUCUCAGUUCUCCUCUCUCCAUCGUUCCCUCCUCAUUCCCCUUCUGAAGGGGGGGGGGAUCGUGACUCCGACAGAUGUGCAGGAGCGCUGCAUUCCGAUUCUGCUUUCGGGGAAGUCUUCGCUGGUCGUCGCGCCUACGGGCAGCGGGAAGACCCUGGCCUGGGCGCUGCCUCUCCUGCAUCGACUCCUGGCUGCUGACACAGAACGUCUCGCGCCGUACCCGCAGCAGCCGGGACUCGUCGUCCUCGUUCCUUCUAGGGAGCUCGCCACGCAAGUUCUGGGGCAAUUGCGGCGCUUCUCCUCGGUGAUCACUUCUGCGGCCUGUGCGGCGGGUCAGUCGUACGUCAAGGAAGUUCGCAUGCUGCGCUCUGGAGUCGACGUGGUGGUGGCGACUCCAGCGCGUCUGCUUCUGCACCUGCACAAGAAAAAUGUGAACAUGCACCGCGUACAAGCGCUCGUCAUCGAGGAGGCAGACACGCUAUGUGACUCGUUCUACGAACAGGAACUCUGUGUGCUGCUCUCCUCUCACUUCCGCCGCUUCCAGGCCUCGCCUGCGGUCGCGAAAGUCGCCCUCGAGGGCCCUGAGCGCGGGGGAGAGCAGGCGAGGGCGGGGUGGUCUUCGUCGCCUCACCAGAGUCAAAACCUUUUGGAAAUGCGGGAGUCUCGUCCCGCGUUUGGCCGGGAAGAAGCUGGCAGAGGGAACGCGGAGGGGUCGAACGAAGCGCUGCUGCACAGAAACGACCUGCAAUUCGUCUUCGUAGCCGCGACAAAGACGGGGGCACUCGCCCGGUUUCUCAAGGACCAACUGAACAGGGUCCACAUCACCAGUUUAUGUACACCCGAUGCACACCUUGCGGCCGCGGGAGUCCAGCAAGUCUUCGUUUCGCUCCACGGCCAGGAUCGCAUGUCCCGCCUCAUGGAAGUGCUGGAAGAGCGAGUCGGAGGUGCAGACGCGAAAACCAUGAUCUUCUGCAACACCGUCAACACUUGCCGGGCGGUGGACUUGACGCUCUUGGAGAAGGGGUACAAAGUCUCUUGUCUGCACGGACUCAUGCCCUUCAAGCUCCGCAAGGCGAGCUUCCAGAAACUCCAGAAUGGUGAUACAAACAUCUUGGUGUGCACGAACGUCGCCUCUAGGGGCUUGGAGGUUGAAGGCGUGAAGCACGUGAUUCACUUUGAUUUUCCGCAAACACUCGCCGACUAUCUCCACCGGAGUGGAAGAACGGCGCGCGGAGGGGAGACUGGACGCGUCACGAUUCUCUUCUCGAAACGAAAUCUUCCUCUCAUUCAGCAAAUCCAAAAUGCGAGCCGCGCCGCCACGUCGCCUCCCGAGUUACGACACGCGACUCCUCGGAUUCGACGAGUUCUACGACUUGAAGAGCGGUGGAAAGAGCUCAUCGACAUGCGAAAUCCGAAGCGCAAGAUCGGAGGCCGCAAGAAGCUUGGACUUCCACCGAACAGAAACACGGUCGGGCCAAAGACAAAGUGGGCUAUCAAGAAGCUUUACUUCAGGAUGAAGGCCAAGGAUCACCUACAGUUCCUGCGCUCUCGUGGCAUUCUCGGGAAAAAGGAGCUGCUACCCCGACACCCGCGGACAUCGAUAGAGCGAUCCGAUGCACAGCAGGCGAUGAAGAUGAUUCGAGGAGACGAUGGUCUACUACAGGUUCUUCCGGUGCGGAGGUCAAAGUUUUUCAUGCUCAAACAAGCCCAAAAAAGCCAGGAAGCGCAUUACGAGAUGCCAGAGACAACUUCACCGAUAGACGGUGGGAGAACGUUCGAGACUCAACGGGCAGCCAAACCUGCCAAGCACACUCGAAAAACGUAUUUCUAGAGUCAGUACCGCCCCGGUUUUCGCGGAACGAUGUAGCCUGCUGGAGAGAGUUCCUCUGCGUUGCACACGUCGCUCCCAGUGGUGUAUAGUUGAAGAGAGACUCCAACACACUGCAUCUUGUCACCAAGUGAAGCAUGGACAGCAGAAAUCCUACCACGGAUGGCUUUGACAUGGCUCCGUCGAGUGCUGUUUCGGGAGCGUUUCAGUGCAGAUUCCGUGAGGAACGGUGAGCCGCGGUCGUCCCUCGUUGUGUGCUUUUUAAUAGGAGCGGGCGCCGCUGCGUUUGUCAGCGGCCAAAGCUUGAAAUACGUUUUUGUUUAGUUGUGUCGAAGGUAACUGAAGG